AUGGAAACUAUCUUUUGCGAGUGUAAAAAAUGUGAUGCCGCAAUCGGUCGAUUCGCCAACCUCUGGACGCAGAUUGGUAAAAGCUAUUUCAGCCCUGUGAUAGAGCCGGAAGACGACCUUGCCGUGCAGUAUCUGGACACCGUCCGGAUUGGAGAGCAGGACACAUUGGUAGCCGAAUGCCAUUUGCAAGAUAUGCUCUGCAGCGGCUGCGCCGCCCUUCUCGGCCUCAGAUGCGUUCAAACACCCGUCAAUCAUGUGUUGGAUCGAAACCAGAUCCUACUCCGACUAGCCUCUGUAGAGCUGCUCAAUGGCGACGGCCAAGAGAUCGAGUUUGCUAUCAAGCGGGUUUUGGCCGUCAAUGAGCCUGCAAAAGAGAACAAGUCAAAAGCCCCAGAGUCACCCCGAGGAGGCUUUACUUCCGCUUUUUCCGGUAUCGCUGAGUUACAGCAACUGCAGCUUGAUCUCCAUAACCAAAGAGAAGACAUCAAGAGAAUCGACACCAAUGGCUUCAGGAUAGUCACGGCCCUGGACAAGCGGGCAAACCGCAUGCAAGGCGAGGUCGCGAAAUUGAGAGGCACUGUACCCAACCUUCAGCGUGCUAUUGAGUCGAUCCGGCAAGAGUUGGGGACUGUUCUGGUCGAUAUCAGCAAGGCACAGGCAACAGACCAAAAUCCUACAGCUCUUCUUGCCUUCGAAGAUCGGCUUGUUCGAGUGACUACUUCUGUCGGUGAAGUCGGGGAACAGGUUGCCACAUCCAAUGCUCGGUUCGAUAAAGAAAUCGGCGAACUGAAGUGGAACCUCGGUCAACAAGAACAAGAGUUGGAAAAUUUGAGGGGUACAAUCAGGGGCUACGCCGAAGACAUGGCAAGCCUUCGUGCGGAGGUGGCACAUAUGGGGCGGCAAGGUCGAACGGUCAGAGACGGGCAAACGGGUGUCCGAAGACAGCCGAUCCACUCGUAUUAUUGA